AUGUCGAGCAUCGAUGGGCAUGUUGCACUUCUGUCUCUUCGUCGAUCUGUAGAGGAGUACUACCGGCAGGUAAAUCUCUAUUUUAUCUCUUUAAAUAAGCCUUGUGAUUCUCUUGGAAGACAUAAGGAUAAAUUUUUUGAGAUGAUAGAUGAACAUGUUUCCGGCAUUGCCAAUAAGGAUUCACUUAAACUUGUGGCUAAAACAGUGUCGUUAGGGGCUAGCAAAUCUUAUGUUGGUUCUCCUGUGAACACUAUAGUUUUGAAGGACAGGAAAGUUAGAGCUGUCUUGCGAAAGCCACAAAAAAGAACAAAAUUUAAACGUGUUUAUAAUAAGUUUCAGAAAAUUAGGAAUAACAAGUGUGAUAUCUUGAAAGAUGACAAAUUUUACAACAUUGUUCAAUCUAAGCCACUAGGGGGGCAUGCCAUCCCAGCUCGUGGUAGAUUGAAGGAGAAACAACAGCGUAAGUGGCAAAUAAGUUUGCCACAUCCACCCUGUCUUGAGAAAAAUCGAACUAGGGUCACCACAGACACUAUUCAAGAUGGAGGUGGUGACCACGUGGAAAAAAUCAAUCCCGCAAGAGUUGGCAUGAAUCAACAGAACCCUCAUUGUAAUUUGUCCCCAAAGCCUCCACUGAGUGGACAGGGGGGCAAGUUCAAUCAAACCCGACAUCGGGUUGCUACACCAGUGCUGGCUGGGAACAAAGCCAUGAGUGGUGGUCUGGGGGGCAAGGCCAAUGCCAAACAAACUCCAAAAUCACGUGGAAUUUUAAAAAGGGCAACGUUGUUGUGUGAUAGGUGCAAAAGUCAUGUUCGUGCUAAGCAAAAUACCAACGUACCUGUUGAUGAAAAGUCUCGACGUUCAUACUACCAACAACAUGGUGAGAGUGCGAAGCUGACAAAACUAGACCAGUCUAGGCAAGCGAUGUCGCAUGGUCGACUUGGCAAGACGAAGAUGCCAACAAAUGUGAAUGUCUUGUCGAGAGCAAAGAACACUAGUGAUUUUUCAUGCCAUCGACCAAAAGUGAUGGAUGAGGUGAAGCCAAAUCGAGCUCGUGGAAUUUCGAACAAAGAUGUUCGAGCUAGACGAACUGGAGAGUUGCAAGGCAACAUUGAUUCCAAAAGAUCAAAAUCAACGUGUGUAAAGCCAACUGUGGUGAAUCAGGGUAUUUAUGGAUGGCUCGUGUGGUUUGAUCCGUGGAGUUGGCAGUGGGUGUGGACCUUUGGCAUGAUGGUUCAUGCACAAAUCUAA